AUGUCGAAAGUGUUUUAUUUUUUAAUUUUGUAUUCAAUAUUAUGCACCUGGGGCACUGCUGCUGGCCAUCCCGCAGAUCAAGAUUUGUUUAAUCAGGAAAUUAAACGCCUUUCAAAGGCAGCGGAGAUCCACAAUUUAAUGGAUGAAACUGUCGAUCCUUGUGAUAAUUUCUAUGCCUUUGCCUGUGGCAAAUGGAAUCGUUAUAACCCAGCCAAUACCUUGGAACGUGCCUCAACGGGAUUUUUUGAGGCUGUGUUGAAAUCGUUUAAUCGUAAAAUCGCCGAGGUUUUAACUUCCGAUGAUAUGGCCGGAUUCAAUGAGAUUGAUCGUAAGGUGAAAGUGUUCUAUGAUUCAUGCAUGAAUUUGUCUUCACUCAAGGAUGUGUAUCGGGAAAAAUUAUUAGAAAUUUCCCAGGAAUUUGGUGAAAUGCCGGUACUGGUUGGUGAUCGAUGGCAGCGCCAUGAAUUCGAUUGGUUGGCCUUGGUGGGGAAAAUGGCCUAUAAAUAUGGGGUACACAUAAUUCUCGGCUAUGAUAUAAUGGUGGACUAUGCCGAUACCACGACGAAUCGUUUAUAUAUUGGUUAUCGUGGUUUACCUUUGGAAUCGAAAUCUAUGUAUUUGGAUGAGGGUAAUGCCAUAUAUCGUGAGGGUUACAAAAGUAAAAUGUCGAAGAAUCUACAACUCUUCUUGAAACUGCCACAAGAAUUGGCCGAGGUAACUGCCAAGGAAUUAUUGGAAUUUGAAAUUGGUUUGGCCAAGGGUAUGAUAGAUGCCACCGCCGGUCUGCAGGUAACCGAUAUUACCCAACUCACAACUAUUGACGAUUUGGUUCAAAAAUAUGGUCAAGAUUUGGAUUUGAGGCGAUACAUCAAUAUUUCAUUGGGUUACACACCCACCGAUAAGGUCUAUGAAAUGGCCGAGGACUAUCAGAAAAAUGUCAUUCAAUUGGUGAAGGAGACACCACGCCGCGUCGUGGCCAAUUACAUUUUCUAUAAUUUCCUCGAACACUUCAUGGUCAAGGUACCCCGAAGUCAUGAGGAGCUGCAAUCGAAAUGUAUCAGCCGAACAAAGCGGUAUUUUGCCAAAAAUCUGGAUAACAUUAUCUAUAGGCGGAUCAAUAGCAACAAUAAUACCGCCAAGGCCAUUGAUUUUAUGUGGCACGAAAUUCAGACAACAUUCGAACAAACUUUACUUUCCGAACGACUACAGUGGAUUGGUGAGAAGACCCGUAACUAUGCCAUUGAUAAACUCAAAGCCAUGCAAUUAGAAAUUAAUUCCUAUGAACAACGGAAUUUCACCGCCGAGCUGGCUGAUCUUCAAUUGAGUAAAGAGAACUUUUUGGAAAAUCUGAAAGCUGUCAUGAUUUUAAGUGUACGAAAUACAAGGCAAAAGCUACAGGAACCACCCUCAGCAUUGGAGGCCGGAGAAAUAUUGUCCUUUACACCGGCCAAUAUUAUUGUGGAGAAUAAAAUCAAAGUCCCAGUUUCGCUACUACAGCCGUAUUUUGUCUGGUCCAAUCUCUAUCCGAAUGCUGUACAAUAUGCCACCUUGGGCUCGUUGAUAUCUCACGAGCUAAUACACGGUUUCGAUGAUACUGGACGAAAUUUCGAUAAGGCCGGCAACAGUCACAAUUGGUGGGACACCACCUCCACGGAGCACUUUAAAAAUCGCACUAAAUGUUUCAUAGAUCAAUAUAAACAUUAUACAUAUAAUGGUCGUAAAUUACCCGAAAUGCAAUCACAAUCGGAAAAUAUUGCCGAUAAUGGCGGUGUACGCCUCGCCUAUGCUGCCUAUUUACGUUGGUAUGAAGAUGAAGCUCGUUCGAUGGGUACGCUACCCAUUGAAUCCCUGCCACGUUUUCAAUAUUCCGGAAAGAAGCUAUUCUUUAUCAGUUAUGCUCAAUUGUGGUGCAAUGAUGUCCAUCCGGUGGUGAAAAAUUUACAAACCUCAACCGAUUUACAUGUACCGGGGAAAUAUCGUGUCAUUGGACCAUUGUCGAAUUUUGAGGAAUUCUCUAAGGAGUUUAAUUGCCCACCGGAUAGUAAUAUGAAUCGUUCCAAUAAAUGUGAAAUUUAUUAG